GAGCAGGAUAAACCCGACCCACCGCGGGUCCGGGACUCAGUGGACCUUUGGGGAACUGCAAGUCCCAGAGACGCGGCUCGACCCGGAGAACAUGGCAGCUCCGAGCGGAGCCACAUGCGGGAUCACGGAGCGCUCGGUGCGGGAGCGGGCCCCCCCUCUGCUCACCGACCUGUACCAGUUCACCAUGGCCUACGCCUACUGGCGGGCCGGCAGGCACCGGGAGCCCGCCGUGUUCGAGCUCUUCUUCAGGGACAACCCGUUCGGCGGCGGCUUCUCGCUGUUCGCGGGUCUGACGGACUGCCUGCUGUUCCUCCGGGGGUUCCGCUUCACGGAGCCAGAUGUGGAGUUCCUGCGGUCCGUCCUGCCCCCAAACACUGACCCCGCCUACUUCCAUUUCCUGCGAGGCCUGGACUGUUCAGCCGUGACGCUGCGGUCCGUCGCAGAGGGGACUGUUGUGUUCGCCAGGGAGCCUCUGAUGGAGGUGGAAGGUCCGCUGGCUGUGGUUCAGCUGCUGGAAACCAGUUUACUGUGUCUGGUCAACUACGCCAGUCUGGUUUGCAGCAAUGCUGCUCGUUUCCGUCUGGCGGCCGGACCCGGGAGGAAGCUGCUGGAGCUGGGCCUCCGUCGGGCGCAGGGACCAGAUGGAGGACUCACUGCCUCGCGGUACACACACAUCGGAGGGUUUGACCUCACCAGUAACGUUCAGGCCAGUUUCCUUUUUGGUGUCCCCAUCGCUGGGACCAUGGCGCACUCUUAUGUCACUUCCUUCUCCUCUCUGGAGGAAGUGUGGCCACAGACCCUGGUGGCGGUGAACGGAGACGGCGAUCCGGUCGACAUGAUUUCUCUGACUAAAGGCUUCCUGAGCCGGGUCUGUGAGCUCCUGGGAGCCGAUCCCGGAAAGAUCCGCGAAGGCGAGUUGGCGGCUUUCCUGUCCUACGCCAUCGCCUACCCUCAGAACUUCCUUCCUGUGAUCGACAGCUACAGCGUGGGCUGCAGCGGGCUGCUGAACUUCUGCGCCGUGGCCAUGGCGCUGUGUGAGCUGGGCUACAGGCCCGUUGGGAUUCGUCUGGACAGCGGGGACCUCUGCAGGCAGUCGGUGGACGUCCGUCAGGUCUUCAGACGCUGCAGCGAGCAGUUUUCCGUCCCUGCCUUCAAUUCCCUGAUCAUUGUCGGGACCAACAACAUCUCCGAGCAAAGCAUCUCCGAACUCAACAAGAAGGAGAACGAGAUCGACGUGGUCGGAGUCGGAACUCACCUGGUCACCUGCACCAAGCAGCCGUCACUGGGCUGCGUGUAUAAGCUGGUGGAGGUGAGAGGAAGACCGAGGAUGAAGAUCAGCGAAGAUCCGAAGAAAAGCACGGUCCCUGGGAGGAAAGCCGUCUACAGGCUGAUGGAUUCUGAGGGUCACCCUUUCCUGGACCUGUUGUGUCUGAAGAUGGAGCCUCCUCCCGAGGCGGGGUGUCUUCUCACCUGUUACCCUCUGGAGAAUGGGAACUCACCUGCCACAGUCACUCCAGCUCAGGUGAUCUGUCUGCGUCAGGAAGUCUUCUCUGAAGGACAGAUCACCCAGCCUCUGUGCAGCGCUGCAGAAAGUAGAGCAAAGGUCCAGAGCUCGCUGCAGGCCCUGCACCCCCGACACAAGAGGCUGCAGGAGCCCGACUCCUACACGGUGGCGCUGUCAGAAAAACUCCACAACCUGGUGUCAGAGCUCCAGAAAGACAGCAGCAGUGAAAACAACUUCCUUUUAGCCAACUAAAGAUGUUUUUUUUUUACCGUUUUCUGUUCUGUGCUUCAAACAGAACCAACUGUGGGUUAUUUUCACUCUAAAUCUGGGUUAAAAUUCAGAAUUUAAGGGGAAAGUCAACAAAUUAUUAAUCUGAAUGUAAUCAAACAUAAAUUAAUUUUUUAGUAACUUGUUUUUUUUGUAUUAAUGAAAAACAUCCAAACAAAAUGUUCAAAACACGGACCUGUUACCUUGUUUUGCUUCAUGUAAAGCCCCGCCUCCUGAGGAGUUCAGUCCCCUUGGAUUGGCUGACUAUAACCUGUAGGUAUUUUAACCAGCAUGUGUUGCUUCAGGCUCAUUAUUGGACAUUACAUGAUUGAGCCAGCUGUUGGCUGGUUUUGUUGGGUGAUAGAAGCAAUUCUGGAUUCAUUGACUCCUUUUGGUUUUAAACUUUUCUAUUUGUAGAUGGUAGAAGGCUCUUGCAAGAUGGCGCCCAUGAGUGGUUGUGCGUUUGCUAGGCUCCUGAUCUUUUUUGGUUAUUAGUUUUUUUUUAUUGUUUCUUCUUUAUCUGGUGCGGAUUCCCUGCUAACAUAUGAUCGAGACUUACUAUUGUCAAUCAGAUCCGCGAUGAUCAACCUCCACAACUCCAAUACCGGACCCUCUUUCCCACCGCCACUGGAAACUGGCGUUAACCCAGGUGUCCGCCCUUUGUUACCUGUCGGCCUGCCGCUGCCCCGGAGGCCAUGGAAGAGGAAACGAGGGAAGAGAGCCGGCUUCUUCGUUCAGCUUCGAAAGAUCCUGAGAGGUGAAGCUCUACCUGAUUGCUGCUCCGCGGCUGUGACGUGGCGGAUCCAACAGAAACUCAACGGAGUUGGGCUGAUCUCGCUGCUCACUGGAGCCCCCGAUGCAGGAUGCUACCUGAAGGUGUGGGAGACAAAGAGCCUCCGCGGGCGUAGCCUGGAGUCGCUAAGUAACUUAGCCCACCAGCCGACCACCAUAAUGGAGCCCGCGGCACACACAUCACCAGAUUUCUCUGCGAAAAUGAUGAUAAUUAAUGCACGCUCCAUCGCCAACAAGUCUCACAUCCUAAACGAUCUGUUCUGCACCGAAAAUGUUAACUUUUUAUGGAUUUCUGAGUUGUGGCGGCACGAAAAUGAAAUCACUCAUCUCCAUGAGCUCUGUCCUCAAGACUGCUCUUUCUUCUCUGCUCCACGGACCACAGGCCGCGGUGGAGGAACAGCUGUUAUCUUGAAGAAACACUUUUCAUGCCAAAUUAUAAUCCUCAAGCGCCUACAGCUCAUUUGAGAUGACCAUGAUUAAAAUUGGUCGAGUUCUAUCAGUUUAUGGGAUUCUGGUCUAUCCCCCACCUGGAUCUACUUCAUCCUUCCUGUCUGACUUUCAGGACCUCCUAUCUUCAACUAUUAAACUAGACAGGAUAAUAAUUGUUGGAGAUUUCAACAUCCAUGCUGAGGAUCUAACUGACAGCUCUACUAGGGAGUUCCUACACAUGUCUGGACCCACUCACAGAGCAGGCCACACCCUGGAUCUGGUCUUUUCCUAUGGACUUUUUGUUGAUAAACUGCAGAUAAAUGAUGUUGUGUUCAGUGACCAUAAGUCAGUUUCCUUUCAUAUUAACCUAAAUUCUGAAUCUCUUUUACCAGACUCUGCCAAGCAAAGACGUAUUAUCAACAGUUCUACCUCCCUUUUUGACUUUGUACUUCCUUCUUCUGAUGACGUAGAGCUCCUUACUAACUCAUUUAAUGAUCACUGCCUCAAAAUUCUAGAUCAGGUUGUCCCACACAAAACCAGCCGCUACUUCACUGAACCUUCGAUCCACAUCUCAAAACCUCCUGGAACCAGACUAACAACCAAAAGGGGACAGGGCCUUUCAGACUAUUGCCCCCAGACUUUGGAAUAGUCUGCCUUAAAAACUCUGUCUCUCCAAAACUGUAGAGGUCUUCAAAAACCAUUUAAAAACUCACCUUUUCAUCCAGGCGUAAGAUAUUACUAAAGGUUACAUUGAGGCUAUCAUUUUCAAUGUCCACACGAAUGUUAAAAUCCCCCACUACAAUGACCUUAUCAGUAUUUAGCACCAAAUCAGAUAAAAAAUCAGAGAUCUGAUCCAAAAACUCAGAGUAAGGGCCUGGUGGUCGAUGUAAAACUACAAACAAGAGUGGUUUUUACAGUUUUGCAAUCUGGAUUAGGAAAACUAAGAAUAAGAUGUUCAAAAGAACUGUAGCUAUUAAUUGGUAAGGGACUGAUUAAUAAGUCUGAAUGAAAAAUGGUUGCUACUCCUCCUCCUCACCCUGUACUUCGAGCAAUAUGAUGAUUUAAAUAAUUAAAAGGAGUCGACUCAUUUAAGCUAACAUAGUCCUCUUGCUGCAGCCAGGAUUCUGUGAGAGAGAGCAAAGAGAUCUGAUUAUUACAAAUCAAGUCAUUAACUAACAAAGUCUUAGAAAAAGUGGAUCUAAUGUUCAACAACCCGCAUUUAAUUUUUCUAGUUUUCUGCUCAGUUGAAUUUGUUCUAAUAUUUAUGAGAUUUCCAUGAUUUGCUUUAUUAAGCCUGAUAUUUAAUCUGUGUGAUUUUGGCCGUGGGCAGGACACUGUCUCUAUGGGGUAGUGGGUGGGUAACAGUACAGAAGCUGCAGAGGGGUGGGUUAAACUACGACUCUGCUUCCUGGUCUGGACCCCGGGUAGUCAUGGAGGACUAAAAAAACUGGCCAUGUUCCUAUAAAGAAGAGCUGCUCCAUCCAAAGAGGGAUGGAUGCCGUCUCUCCGCAUCAGACCAGGUUUCCCCCAAAAAGUUUUCCAAUUAUCAAUGUAGCCCACGUUUUCAGGACACCGCCUAGACAGCCAGCGGUUGGACAGCAUGAGGCUAAACAUGUCGUCACUUGUCCGAUCGGUUAGGGGGCCAGAGAAAAUUACGGAGUCCGACAUUGUUUUGGCAAACUUACACACCGAAGCAACUUUAAUUUUAGUGACCUCCGAUUGGCGUAACCGGGUGUCGUUACCGCCAGCGUGAAUAACAAUCUUACUGUAUUUACACUUAUCCUUAGCCAGCAGUUUCAGAUAAGAUUUAAUGUUGCCUGCUCUGGCCCCAGGUAAACAUUUAACUAUGGUUGCUGGAGUCUCUAAUGCCACGUUUCUGACUAUGGAGCUGCCAAUGAUCAGAGUCGGCUUGUCAGUGGGUGCGUCACUGAGCGGGGAAAAUCUGUUAGAAAAGUGAACGGGUCGGUGGUGGCCCACGGGCUGGGUUCUAUGAUUCCUACGUACUUUCACCCAGCUGGCCUGAGGUCCUGGCUGCUCGGGUUCUACUGGAGGACCAUUACGGGGUGGUUCUGAUCUAUUUAGCCCCGCGUUAGCUAAGUAGCUAUGGAUAUCUACGGGCUUUUCAACAGCGCGGAGCCGGGCCUCCAAUUCCGACACCCUCGCCUCCAAAGCUACAAAAAUGCUACAUUUAUUACACGUACCAUUAUCACUAAAGGAGGCAGAGGAGUAGCUAAACAUCUGACACAGAGAGCAAGAGAUAGGAGACGGAAAAGCAGAGACAGAAGUAGCCAUAGCCAUGCUGAGGCUAAGCUAACUGGACGAUCAACCCGUUCAACACCAGAUAAACUGAGUGCGAACUCAAAUGGUUCCCUAAAAGUGAGGUGGAACAACAGAAAAUGUGUUUUUAGCGUGCUUAUGUGCUACAAUAACUCAGAGAUAUCCAAGUACAGAGAAAUUUAAUUAAUUUUAGCAAGCCACAAACACCGAACAACUACACAAAGUGCAACACUGAAAACAGGAAAUGAUGCAAAAACUCCUUACCACAGAUACUGCCACCUGUGACCGCAGAAAAGACUAGCCGUAAGCUUAUCAAUCCUGACUAGAUAGCUCUAUUUUUCUGAAUGGAGGCCGUUCAAGAUGCUAUCUGUAACAGGUAAAAUAAAGAUGGGAAUAAUUUAAAACAUUUCUGCAGAACCUCACUUCUGAGUGGCAGAAAAAUCCCUUCAGGUUGAAUGACACUCCAUCUGCAGAUCGGGAUCUAUAAACCUUCAGAGCUAGUCAGUGUUCUCUACCUCAGAUCACCUGAAACGUCAGUAUUUUUGUUUAUUUUCACCUGUUUGUGUUUUGUUUAUUAAAUUUUUUCUCAGCUU